ACAUCCAUCAUCCACUAUCAACCAUCACAUCUCCAAAUCCAUACCCUCCAAGACAAGCUUCAUAUUUGUCUCUUUCUCCGUACCUCCGUCCAUCUAUCUAUCUAUUCCCAUUCGUCAUCAUGUCCGGCCAGGAAUACUACAACCAGGGUUACAACCAGCAAGGCUAUGGCCAGCAAGGCUACGGUCAACAAGGUUAUGACCAGCAGGGCUAUGGUCAACAGGGUUACGGUCAGCAGGGUUACGGCCAGCAGGGUUACGGCCAGCAGGGUUACGGCCAGCAAGGCGGCUAUAACCAGCAGCAAUCCUAUGGACAGGGACAGGGCUACGGUGACCGUGACCAGGGCUACAACCAGCAACAGUCCUACGACCAGAAUGCCCCUGGCGGCGCUCAGGAGGGCGAACGUGGACUCGGCGGUGCCCUCGCUGGCGGUCUAGCCGGUGGUUUCGCCGGCCACAAGGCUGACCACCACGGCUUCCUUGGAGCCGUUGGUGGUGCCAUCUUGGGAAGCAUCGCUGAGGAUGCCGUCAAGAAGCACAAGCGCAAGGAGGAGGAGAAGCCUCCUGGCUACAACAACUGGUAG